AACGUGCGCUUUCUCGCUGUGUAUGCGCAUACAACCAAAAGAACAUUUCAUGUUUCAGCGUCCUUGGAAAAUUAGCGCUUUGACGAGGUCACUAAAAGAAUGUUACAGUAAAUAAUCGAUGUGCUCACCACUCGUUGAUCACGAUAUUUUGCCCAUAUUUUGUUUAGUCCCCAGUCCAUUUAUUGCUGUAGUCCAGCCACAGAUAGUCUCAUCCAGUUCUUAUGUGAGAUAAAGGGGUGUGUCGGGGGCAGGUCUUAGGUCUGGGACGAAUCUACCCACAAGCCUUUGAGAUCCUGCAGGCAGCCAAAAGAGCAAACAAGAUGGCUUCCGAAAUGUUAGUCCUCGAGAACUUCAUUGGUGGAAAAUUCGUGCCUUGUGCGAAUCACAUCGAUAGCUACGACCCAUCAACAGGGAAAGUUUACUGCAAGGUUCCUGACAGCGGAGAAGAAGAAGUUGACAUGGCCGUCAAGGCUGCCAGCGAGGCUUUCGAAAGCUGGUCUGUCACUACACCAGAAUUUCGUUCAGGGAUUAUGAGAAAGAUUGCAGAUCUAAUUGAGUCCCAGUUAGAUGAGUUUGCCGAGGCAGAAUCAAGGGAUCAGGGCAAGCCAGUGAUGCUGGCCAAAAAGGUGGAUAUCCCACGCGCCUGCCUGAAUUUUAGAUUCUUUGCUUCCACGAUAAUAAAUGCUUCAUCUUCAAAUCAUUCUAAUAUUCUGGAAAAUGUGGGUGCAAUGAACUACUCCAUCCGAUCUCCAAUAGGCGUGGCUGGCUUGAUCUCCCCAUGGAACUUACCCAUUUACCUGUUAACAUUUAAAAUUGCACCUGCCAUUGGUGCUGGCAACACUGUUGUCUGUAAACCAAGUGAAAUGACAUCUGUUACCGCAUGGAUGAUGGCAAAGGUUCUCAAUGAAGCAGGUCUCCCUCCGGGUGUUGUUAACUUGGUGUUCGGCACUGGACCAAAGGCAGGAGCUCCAAUUGUGAAGCAUCCUGACAUUCCAGUGGUAUCAUUCACUGGUUCAACUGCCACUGGUCAAGCCAUCACAGAAAUGAGUGCUCCAUUUUACAAGAAACUUUCACUGGAACUUGGAGGGAAGAAUGCAGCCAUAAUUUUUGAUGAUGCAGAUCUGGAUAAAUGCGUAGCUACAACUGUCAGGUCCAGUUUUGCCAAUCAAGGAGAGAUCUGUCUUUGUACCAGCAGAGUUUACGUUCAAAAAGGGAUUUAUGACCAGUUUUUAGAGAAAUUUGUGGAGCAAACCAGGCAACUCAGGGUUGGUUCCCCCAAAGAUGUAACAACUAAUGUUGGGGCACUUGUCAGCAAAGAACAUUUAGCUAAGGUGCUGGGAUAUGUGAAACUUGCUGUGAAUGAAGGUGGAGAAAUUGUGUAUGGUGAAGGAAAGGAACCAUCUCUGGAACUUCCAAGUCCUCAUACAGAGGUAGAGAGAUUUAGCUACAAAGCUGUGGAGACACUAUUUUGUUCCUCCUCCCCUGAUUCUAGUCACUUCUUUGAACGGUGGUAUGACUCUGCCCAAGAUUAUGGAAUGCUGGUCUGCGAAUACCAAGACUUUGUUCACUCGGUUAUUAAGCGAGCUAACGGUGUCCAGUAUGGAUUAGCUGCUGUAGUUUGGUCAGAAAAUCUUUCACGAACCCACCGAGUGUCAAAACGCUUACAGGCCGGGACAGUGUGGUGUAACUGCUGGUUGGUCCGUGACCUGAACAUGCCGUUCGGAGGAUUCAAGGCUUCAGGGAUCGGCCGAGAAGGGGCCAAGGAGUCGUACGAGUUCUACACAGAAGUCAAAACAGUUUAUCCUCUUUCUCUAAUGUAUUUUCUCCUUGAAUGUCAGGUUAUUAAGCGAGCUAACGGUGUCCAGUAUGGAUUAGCUGCUGUAGUGUGGUCAGAAAAUCUUUCACGAACCCACCGAGUGUCAAAACGCUUACAGGCCGGGACAGUGUGGUGUAACUGCUGGUUGGUCCGUGACCUGAAUAUGCCGUUCGGAGGAUUCAAGGCUUCAGGGAUCGGCCGAGAAGGGGCCAAGGAGUCGUACGAGUUCUACACAGAAGUCAAAACAGUUUGCAUCAAGAUGUAGGGUCCACGACAGUCAUGUCAUUUUAGGUCUCUAACUGGUCUCGCCAAAAUAUUUGUAACGCAGUAACGUAACCACAGAGGUUUAGCAAGCAUACCGGGAGUGAAAGAGCACUUAGCUGUCGCAAAAUCGAUGGUCAUUUCCUCAGAAGUGCUUGUUGUAAGUUUCGGAUCAUAUGUAACCAAACAAGCAAAGGCUUGUGAGCACUCGGACGGUGUCACAUGACAACAUUACGCUAUGUUGCCUAGCAACUUCUCUAAACAACCGAACAUAACACACGACUCAAAGUUGUGUUUUUCUCCAAGAGUGUUCUGAUCAAAUUUUUCAUCCACUAUUCACUUUGUAUAUCUCCUUAAACAUACGUGGGAAGAUCAAUGGGGACUGGACAGUAAAUGAGACUGAUAAAACAGUGUACAUGUAAAAGGUCAUCCGAAGACUUAGCUUUUAAAAAACCGCUCAAGCUCAACCACUGGGUAUCUUAGAUCAAUUUAGGGAAAAUAAAUAUCAAUAUCACUGGC